AUGCCCCCAUUGCUGCAUGUGAUAGCGGAGGACCGCAAAGGCAUGCCGCCCUCAGUUGUUCGCAUUGUGCGAGGUAAGGCUUGCCAUAUAACCGGCCCACAAGAUCUCAACGAGCUAUUGACAUCCGACAUCAAACCUUUGCAGGCAAUUUCAUAUUCAUUGGAGAUUUCCGAUGCUGCUCUUCCUUUUUGCACGAUGUCAAUUAAAAUUUUUGAGGGUAAUAAAAACAAUGGCUUUUCAGUAGGGCUUCUUUCUGGCCUCGUUUUCAGAUUCAAAUUUGUAUUCAAGCUGUCAUAUCCAUAUGAUGCACCCAAAGUCUAUUGCCUGAAUGAAAGGCGAUUUCAUCCAAACAUCGAUUCGGACACGGGGGCCGUUUGCCUGAACAUACUUCGGCUAGAUUGGAAACCCGUGCUUUCCAUCAAAUCGGUUGUCUUUGGGCUUUUGCUACUCCUAUACGAUCCAUCUCCGGAGGAUCCACUGGACAAAGAUGCAGCUGCGCUCUUAAAAGCAGAUCCGCUAAAGUUUUCGCAAAUUGCCAAAAGUCAUUUCCUGCAAUAG